AUGGAUGUUGGUAGACAGACUAAUCCUCAACAGGAACCGGUGAGUGAGUGUAGGAGUUUCAGCAGCAAUCACCGCUGCUGCAGCCAAUCCAGGAAGAUCUCUAUAGGAGUUCUCAUUGAUUCUAUUUCCAAGGCAGAUAGAAAACAUAUCAAUCAAUCAGUGAUGCAAAUUGCAGAAAAAGGAACUUCUAGCAAAGGGAAUUGCGUCAAAGAUCGUGAAGGACAUACUCCACUUGUGGAAAAACAUGUGACAGACUUGAAGAAGGAUACCUCCCCUUGGGUUUCUACUAGAUCUUUCAACCCAAAAGGAUCUUCUUCAGUUGCAGGUCACGAUACACAACAUACUCCAAGUUUCCCAGUCAUAAGCAGAACACGUCCCAGAUCAAAACUAUUAGGGAGAGCAUCUGGAGCUCAUGUUCUUAAGCUUUUUGCUGGUAAGACUGGCUUAGAAGCUAAUGAAUGCAGGCAGAAGACUUGCGGUAAAGCUACUUAUUCCAGGGAGGCUGAGAAAAUUAGUAAUGAAGAGCAUGUAGAGCACUUUGUUUCUUCAACUGAACCUGGAGUUCAGCUAGAAAAAAAACAGGUAGAGGAUAAAGAUAGGAAAACAGAAACUGGGGGCCGAGAAACUUUGAGAAUGAAGCUCUGGGAAAUCUUAGGAAAUGUUUCUUCAUCGAACAAGCAGUGUCUCAGCUCUGUCGAGUUGCACCCAGAUCAAGAGAGGGAUGGGACACAGAGUCCUAUUGAAAAGAGAAAUCCUAAUUCAGACACAAUUGAGAGUGACUCUGAAAUGCAUACUUUCAUGAGACCAUUGACUUGUUCACUUGCGCAGAAGAAAGCUUCCAGUAAAAACCAACAUAACAAAAUUGAAGCCACAAAAACUACUAGCCACUGCAAAGAAUGUCCACAAAAGAGAAUAUUCUCAUUCAGAGGAGAUUGGUCUGGAAGAUUGUAUGAUAGUUCCAAUGAUGAUUCAUUGCCUUCCAAGAGAAACAAGAUUGAGAGAGAGAUCUCUGUAAUGGAGACACAGUGGGGCCAAAAGUACGAAACUGCAGGGGAGAGACAGCAACCACAAAAUAAAACUAGACCGAUACCAGCUGUCGAGAAACCAAUGGUGCAUAAAGAUAAAGUUGGCCAUGCUAACAGUACCAGUGACAGGAGAAAUGAUGUCCUUGUUGACCGGAAAAGUGGUACACAUAAAAAUAAUUCUUUUGAGAAUCCACUUAAUCUGAUGACUGAGCAGAAGGAUGUUGAGCAGCCAGCAGAUGAGAUCUCAAACUUGAAUGAUCAGCAAAAAGACAUAACUGAUUCUUUGUUGAAGAACAAAAAGAACUCUGUAUGUGAUCCUUCGACUGCCACUUUUGAGAUCAAAUCACCUGGCUGUUUACUGAAAAGUAAGCAGGGAAAACUUCAUGGUCAGUGUCCUGCUCAGAGAAUAUCUAACAUGGGUGGUAUCCGAAGCUUCAAAAGUUUAUUGAAUUUAGAACCAGGUGACUGUACACCAAUUAUGCAAAUGGGAUCAUCUGAUGGUGGAUACGAGCUAAACGAUAUUCAUCUUAUGAAACCAAGCUUUAUCAUGGAAGAAGACAGUGAAAACCAGAUGUCCAAAUUGUCUACUGAUGCAACGGGUUCUGACAGUUCACAGGAUGACUCACACAUAAAAGUUUGCAGGGAAUCAGGGCAAUUAUCUCCUGAAUUCUACAUUGCUGAGGAGUUUCUAUGUGGUCCUGAUAGAAGUGUAGGCAACAAAAAAGAUGUUGAAGUGACUGGGUGUAGUCCUAUGUCAGAGUCACUAAAAGGGAUUCAUGACAGCGAGCUUCAAAUGUACUUGGAAUUGAAUCAAAACGAUGGACUGGCUAGUGCUGUAAAACUACUUGCUGUAGCUUUAGAUCGUUUUAAAACCAAAGUCAAGUCAACGAGUAAUAAAAGAUCUGCUGAAAUUUUGCUGGCUGCUGCUGAGGAAGUAUUUUUGCUGUUGCAGAAUGCCGACUCUCAGAUCAAAACAGAUGUGGGAAAGCUAGCCAAUCUUAGUCAAUCCAAAAGGAAGCAGCUGGAAACUAGACUUGAAGAGCAACAGGAACAUUUCCUUGGAAUAUAUAAAAGAUUCAAAGAAGAAGUUGAUCGGCACCUGCAGGAUUAUGACAAGAUAAAUGAAGAUCUAGAAGAACAUGAGAUUGAGAUUAAAAGAACUGCAGAAAGACAAAGAGCAGCCCAGAAAAAGUUUCUCUUGCAGUUGGAGCAAGCUAUCAAGGUUCAACUUGAUGAAGCUGAAAGCAGAAUCACCACUGUCCAGGAAUUGGCUAGGAAGAAGAUGCUUCAAUUGAAACUCUUGGUAGCUGAAUGCAUAAAACAUGGGGCCUUUGGUUGACAUAAUUUUCACUAUUGAUGCCAAGUGUGUAGAUUGUCCUAACGUGGACAUGAUGCUAUGGAUUUCUCGAUUAUGCUAGAGCUAAUGGUACCGUAACUCCCUAUUUUAUGCCUAAGAGUGACCUGUAUCCUUUUGCUUAGAGUGAAUUAUCUUGUCUAGGUGUACCUAGCUCUUUCAUCAUCACACUUGUAUGUUUGUGAACAAUUUGCGUUUCACAGGAUCUGAUCUUUUCUUUGAAAUUACUCUGGCUGUGGUUCUGUUAGUGGUAUACUCACUACAGGAUAUCUUUCCAGAUUAUACAUGAUUACCAAUUCUGACAUGAUACUAACU